ACGUUCAGCUCCCCAUCGCCGCUGGGGAUGUGAGCGACAAGUCUGACCUCCUGAGACGAUGCUCGCCGUCCUGGGAGCGGCGACCCUGGUGCUGGCGGCCGGGGCGCCUUGGGUGCUGCCCGCAGCCGCAGGUGGAGAAAAUCUGAAACCUCCUGAGAAUAUAGAUGUCUACAUUAUAGAUGACAACUAUGCCUUAAAGUGGAGCAGCGACAACGAGUCAGUGGGCAGCGUGACUUUCUCAGCAGAAUAUCAAACAAGAGAAGAGACGAAGAACUGGUUAAAAUUGCCCGAGUGUCAAAAUAUUACGGGGACCAAAUGUGAGUUCUCUCUACUCGACAUAAACGUUUAUGAGGAAACAACGUUUCGUGUAAGAGCAGAAAAAGGAAGCAGCGUUUCUUCAUGGAGCGAGGGUGACUCGUUUGUCCCUUUUUACAAAGCUCACAUCGGCCCCCCGGGAGUACAGUUAGAAGCUGAAGAUACAGCUAUCCUCGUGCACAUCUCUCAUCCCGGACAAGGAGGAAACAUGUGGGGAAGGGAUCAGUUUAGCUUCAUGCACAGCAUAGAAAUCUGGCAGAAGUCUUCAGGUGUGAGAAAAAUUAUUAAAACUACUUAUUAUACGGAAAAGAUAGUGAAUCUGCUGCCAGAGACUACUUACUGCCUGGAGGUUGAAGCCACACAUUUGUUGCUUAGGAACCACAGCAGCUACAGUGCAGUGCAAUGUAUAAACACCACAGUGGCAAAUAAAAUGCCUUCGCCAGAAAACGUAGGCAUGGAUGUCCAAGGUGAGAGCUAUGUUCUGACGUGGGACUACACAGCUCCAAACGUGAGCUUCAGAGCGCAGUGGCUCCCUGGCUACUUUAAAAGUACUCCCGGGAACUACUCAGAUAAAUGGAAACCAGUACCUGCCUGCACAAGUGUCCACACUACGCACUGUGUCUUUCCUCAAGACGCCAUCCACACAACAGCUUUCUUUGUCCGUGUACAAGCAGCAGAUGGAAAGAACACAUCUUUUUGGUCUAAAGAGAAAUUUAUUAAUUCUCAAAAAUACACUGUCAUUCCUCCUCCUGUCAUUGCCGUCACUCCCACCAGGGACUCACUGCGAGUCUAUGUCACCUGUCAGGGCAGUGCCAUCAGCAAAUGUCAUGGACUAAUUUACGAAAUCACUGUUUGGGACAAUACUUCCAAGACUGAGAGGAGAAUGGUGAAGAAAAGCCCGGAGUUUACCAUUGUGAAGGUGCAGCCACUGACUCUGUACUGUGUCCAAGCCAGGGUGCUCUCGGUGGCCAUGCAGAAUAAGAGCAGUGACUUCAGUGAAAAGCUGUGUGAGAGAACAAGGCCAGGAAAUUCUUCUAUAACCUGGAUUAUAACUGGAUUUGCUGCUGUGUUUUUUUCUGUCAUGGCCCUUUAUGCUGUAAAGAGCCUCCUGAAAUACCUCAGUGAUGUGUUCUUCCCGUCACUCAAGCCUCCCGCCAGCAUGGAUGAGUUUUUCUCUGAGCCACCUUCAAAAAACCUUCUCCUCUUGAGUCCGGAGGAGCACAUUGAAAAAUGUUUCAUCAUCGAAAACACAGAGAAGGUCGCUGUAGAAGAAGAAAGCCCCGCCCCCGCGGUAGAUCACAGGAAGUACAGCUCCCAGACCAGCCAGGACUCCGGGAACUAUUCCAACGAGGAAGAAAGCGCGGGGAGUGGAAGCCACAAAGGGCUGGGGCUGUAG